AGCGUGAGCCUUGCUGCCGAGUCCUUGGUUCACAGCUACAGCAAGAGCUUCAGUGGCUUUGCCGCCAAGCUGACAAAGGCCGAGACAGAGAAACUGUCUGGCCACGAAGGUGUAGUGUCCGUUUUCCCUAGUCAGUUGAGGCAAUUACACACGACCAGAUCAUGGGAUUUCAUAGGCUUCCCUCAAACUGUCGCAAGAGCGACCGUGGAGAGCGACGUUAUCAUCGGAAUGCUCGACACCGGAAUCUGGCCGGAAUCUCAGAGCUUCAACGCUUCUGGGUACGGCCCGCCUCCACAGAAAUGGAAGGGGACCUGCCAAUCCUCUUCCAAUUUCACCUGUAACAACAAGAUAAUCGGAGCCAGAUUCUACCACGCCGGCCAAGACCUCAACGACGGCGAAACCAUAUCUCCGCGGGACACCGAAGGCCACGGCACCCACACCGCAUCCACCGCAGCAGGAAACAUCGUGACUCACGCCAGCCUCCUCGGCCUCGCCGCCGGGACGGCCCGCGGAGGGGUCCCGUCCGCCCGGAUCGCCGUCUACAAGAUAUGCUGGACCCUCGGGUGCUCCGACGUCGACAUCCUGGCAGCCUUCGACGACGCCAUCUCCGACGGAGUCGACAUCAUAUCGCUGUCCGUCGGAGGCGCGCCGACGGACUAUUUCCAGGACGCCAUUGCAAUUGGGGCCUUCCACUCCAUGAAGAACAGCAUCCUGACGUCGAACUCGGCCGGGAAUUCCGGCCCGGCUGCCGGAACGGUGUCGAACGUCUCUCCCUGGUCGCUUUCUGUAGCUGCCAGCACCAUUGACAGGAAGUUCGCUACUGGAGUGAAGCUGGGCAACGGCAGGACUUAUGUGGGAGGCUCGAUCAAUACUUACGAGGCCAGCAGGAUGUAUGGUCUCAUCUAUGGCGGAGACGCGCUGAAUCGGACGUCGGGAUCGGAUUCGAGGAGCUGCGGUGCAGGAAGCUUGGACAGGGAUUUGGUGCGGGGGAAAAUGGUGCACUGUGACGGUGUGAGCAGAGGAGAUGAACAAGCUCGAGUGGGCGCCGUCGCUUCGACGAUGAGUCUUCCUCCCGAUACUCCACUUGACGCGGCGUUUUCGUUUCUUUUACCGGUUUCCGUCUUGACCAAUGCUGACAGUGCUCAAAUUUUGGAGUACAUCAACUCGACCAGUGAUCCAACUGGACUGAUAUUCAAGACUCGUGCCAUCAUCGAUAAUUCAUCACCUCAUGUGAUCGAUUUCUCUUCAAGGGGCCCUAACCCUAUAACAACAGAUAUUCUCAAGCCUGACCUUACAGCACCUGGAGUUGAUAUCCUGGCAGCAUGGUCUGAAGCUACCACAGUGACGGGACAGGACGGAGACACGAGAACGGUACCGUUUAACAUAAUCUCCGGCACUUCCAUGUCCUGUCCCCAUGCCUCAGCAGCAGCAGCUUACGUUAAAUCGUUUCAUCCUACGUGGUCUCCAGCCGCCAUCAAGUCUGCUCUAAUGACAACAGCUCGUCAGCUCAGUGUCGAGGACAACAGUGAUGCAGAGUUUGCAUACGGGUCGGGCCAGAUCGAUCCAAUCAAAGCCGUGAAUCCGGGACUAGUAUACGAUGCAGGGGAGAUCGAUUACGUCAGGAUGUUGUGUGGGCAAGGUUACAACGCUACACAGCUCCGCCUCGUUACGGGAGAUUCGAGUGCUUCUUGUUCUGAAGCGACCGAUGGGACGGUGUGGGAUCUGAACUAUCCUUCUUUCGCUCUGUCGUCGGGAAAACCUAUGGCGUCGGUGGCUCGCGUGUUCCAUAGAACCGUUACGAACGUGGGUUCAGCGGCCGCGACGACUUACAAGGUCUCCAUCAGUGGCCCAGGACUAGGAGCACUUAAGGUCCGAGUCGAACCAAAGACGCUCGCUUUCAACAAAAUUGGGGAGAAACAAUCGUUUGUUGUGACGGUUGAAGCUGCGCUGGAAAGGGAAACAACUAUGUUGUCGGUAUCUUUGGUUUUUAGCGACGGGAUCCAUACUGUCAGGAGUCCGAUUGUUGCAUUUGUUGCACACGCAAGCGUUUCUUCCGAUUCUUUGGUAUAUAGCUACAAAAGGAGCUUCAAUGGCUUUGCUGCCAGGUUGACUGAUGCCGAGAAAGAUAAACUCUCCGGAUAUGAAGGGAUAGUGUCAGUUUUCCCUAAUCGGAUUAGAAAACUCCACACGACGAGAUCAUGGGACUUCCUGGGUUUCCCUCAGAAUGUGAAAAGAGCAACUGUGGAGAGCGACAUUAUCAUUGGGAUGCUCGACACUGGAGUUUGGCCCGAGUCGCAGAGCUUCGACGAUUCUGGCUAUGGCCCACCUCCACAGAAAUGGGAAGGUGUCUGCCAAAGCUCUUCCAAUUUCACCUGCAACAACAAGAUCAUUGGAGCCAAAUUCUACCAUGGUGGACGCAAUUUCAGUGAAGGUGAAGUUCCCUCGCCAAGGGAUUCUCAGGGUCAUGGAAGUCACACUGCGUCCACAGCAGCAGGGGAUAUAAUAACUCCAGCUAGUCUCCUUGGCCUUGCUUCCGGGACUGCCCGGGGUGGCGUCCCCUCCGCCCGAAUCGCUGUCUACAAGAUUUGCUGGGGAGAUGGUUGUUGGGAUGCAGACAUUUUAGCAGCAUUCGAUGAUGCCAUUGCUGAUGGAGUCGACAUAAUCUCCCUCUCGGUUGGUGAAAGUUCACCACGGGAUUAUUUUGAAGACCCUAUAGCUAUUGGGGCUUUCCAUUCCAUGAAGAAAGGAAUUCUCACGUCCAAUUCAGCUGGUAAUGAAGGCCCUGCUCCUGGAUCGGUCUCGAAUUGCUCUCCUUGGUCGCUCUCUGUGGCUGCUAGCACCAUUGACAGAAAGUUCACAACCGGGGUCAGGUUGGGUAAUGGAAAAACUUAUCAGGGUACUUCGAUUAACACGUUUGAUCAUGGAGGAAAGAUGUAUCCUGUUGUUUAUGGUGGGAAUGCUCCAAAUUCCACCGGAGGAUUCAAUGCAUCCAUGUCCAAGGAUUGUAGCAGUAACACGUUGAGCAAGAAACGAGUCAAAGGGCGGAUUGUGCUUUGUGAUAGUGUAAAUUCAGGGGAAGGUCCAGCGGCCGCUGGAGCAGCAGGUUCCAUAAUGUUAGCACAAGAACAGCAACUUGUGGCUAGCAACUUCCCUCUGCCAGCUUCGACUGUUUCUGGUUCCGAUGAGAUAUCGAGAUAUGUUAUGGAAAAAAGUAACAGGAACCCAACAGCAACCAUAUUCAGGACAGUUGAGAAGAAGUCUGAAGCUUCACGAAUUGUACCGGGGUUUUCAUCUCGAGGGCCAAAUGCUAUAACACCUAACAUUCUAAAGCCUGACAUUGCAGCACCAGGAGUGGACAUCCUGGCAGCAUAUUCCAGGGGGAAAACAGCAACAGGCAUCGAAGGGGACAAACGAGUAGUUUCUUACAACAUCCUGUCUGGAACUUCCAUGGCUUGUCCGCAUGCAACUGGAGCUGCUGCUUUGGUCAAAUCCUUCCAUCCCAAUUGGUCCCCUGCUGCUCUCAGGUCAGCUUUAAUGACCACAGCCUCUCCUGUCAGUCGGGACCAAAAUCCUGACGCGGAAUUUGCAUACGGGGCAGGGCUCAUAAACCUGAAGAAGGCCGCAAAUCCUGGACUGAUAUACGAUGCUAGAGAACACGAUUACGUCGAGUUCUUGUGCGGGCAAGGAUACAAUGCAACGGAAAUCAAGCUGGUAACUAGCAAAGCUGUGGAUUGUUCUAAAGGAGGCAAAAAGAUACAAGCUUGGAACCUGAACUACCCUUCUUUCACCCUGUCAGGAAAACCUGGGGGAACUGUGAAAAGGGUGUUCCGAAGAACUGUGACUAAUGUUGGGAAAGGGCAUUCCAAGUACAAGGCAAAAGUGAUGUCCUCUAAAGAGCUUAAGAUCAAGGUGAACCCAAAAGUGCUUAGGUUUAAGGAACUGGGUGAAACGAUGUCGUUUCGUGUCACGGUGAAGGCAAAGCUAAAGCAGAGUGGGAUCGUCUCUGGUGUUCUGGUUUGGUCUGAUGGAUCUCAUAAAGUCAGGAGUCCAGUUGUUGCUCAUACACUACAAUAA